UGUAAACAAAAUUAUAAAAGGGAAAUAUGUCCGGCUUAGAAGAGUAUCAGUUUUUACGAAAAAGACACGUCAGAUUCCUACAGAGAUGUGUCCAGGUCCUCCCCUAUAGUGCCGUUACCUUUGACACAAGUCGUAUGACUGUGUUGUUCUUCACGCUGUCCGGUCUUGAUCUGUUGAACGCACUGGAUGAGAUAGAUGAUGCAGAGAGAAAGCACAUCAUUGACUGGAUAUAUUCCUUACAAAUAUUACCAGAAGAUAAAGACCAAAUGUCAAGAGCAGGAUUUCGUGGCGGUUCAUCCCUUGCCAGCUGUAGGUCAUCAAACAAGUACCUCUCGAACAUUUCCUCCUUCGACUGUGGUCACAUCACCAUGACCUACACAGCGCUAGCAUCCCUAGUCAUCCUUGGUGAUGACCUGAGUCGGGUUAACAGGGAAGCUGUCUUAGCACAUGUUGCAGCUCUGCAGUGUGAGGAUGGCAGCUUUUUCUCAACUUUGGGUGGAAGUGAAAACGACAUGCGAUUUAUGUAUUGUGCUGCCACAAUCUGCUAUAUUCUACAGGAUUUUUCAGCUAUCAAUAUAGAUGCUGCCGUAAAGUACAUAGUUAAUAGCAUGAGUUACGAAGGUGCUAUGGGUCAAGGUAUUUACCUUGAGUCACACGGUGGAAGCAGUUAUUGUGCAGUCGCAACAUUGCAACUCAUGGGAAAACUUGAUUCAGGUCUUUCCAACACUCAGUUAGCCGUUUGACCGAAGGAGGUUUUCAAGGUCGCCCAAACAAGCGAGCAGAUACCUGUUACACUUUUUGGAUAGGAGCUUCACUUAAGUUGCUUGGGUGCUUGGACCUCCUAGACAUCAGCGCACUGAGGCAGUUUGUACUCUCAACACAAGAUCCAAUUACAGGAGGACUAGCCAAAUACCCCGACACUCCCCCUGAUGGCCUGCAUACCUACCUUGGCAUUAGUGGGCUAGCACUUCUUGAACAAGAUGAACUUCGGACCAUAGACCCAGCACUGAACAUCACCCAGAGAGCUCUAAAACACUUACAUACUUUGCACAAAAAUAAUCUUCAAAAUUCUGAUCCAUCUAUUAAGUGUUGAUAAGUAUUUUCAUAUAUUUUCCCCAUGUCUUUAGUCUUUUGCAUUACUAGAGAGAUUUAAAUUAAUUACUAUUUAAAUAG